GCGUGCCGGCGAUAGCUCUCAUCUCUAAAUCGUCAGCUGUUUUACCAAUUUUGUUAUGAAAUUUGUUUGAGUUCCCCAUCGAAAAUGCUGCGUGUGCUGACAAAAACAAGAGUGCUGCGGCAACUGGUGCCAACCACAUGCACUACUCCACCUGCAUCCCGCUUCUAUGCAAAGAAUCAAGAAGCAGCCAGUCAAAAAGACGACAUGGUCAGCAACGAGCCCAUUAAGUAUUUCGGCAGCCAGGCGGCCACUUGGCGCGCCAAGGACACACGCAGUGGCGGAAGUGACGAGAGCCUGUGGUACCAACCCUAUGUAAUCUCCGUCAGCCUGGCCGUCUUCCUCCUGUACUUCUGUGCACUGCGCGAGGAGAGCGACAUCGAUCUGCGGUUGGAGGGCAACUUGUACGAGCAUGUCAGUGGUCUGGAGGAGGUGCAGCUGACUGUCAACUAUAAGUACAACAAGGAACAUGGACUGGACACCAAAGAGCAGGAGAGACGGCUCAGGGAACUGGGUAUUGAUCUGGGCCAGUUGGACGCCAAGUUGGCCGCCCAGUAGACAUAGGGUUGGUUUGUUGUACGUUUUUGUUUCGUUAAAUGAAAUUAAACAAUAUCAAUAACUAAAAA